UGCUAGCAUUUCUACUGAGUAUCGCGGUGCUUUGACGUUAUUACGUUGAUGCUCAUUGCUCAGAGCAACGUAGGUUCCGUCAGAUCAUCGCGCACAGGUGCAUUAAAUCAAUUAUUAAAGUCUGCUGGAGGACUGUAGUUUUUUAGCUUGGAACAACAAAACAGCAGUGCUGAGGUCAUGGGGUCGAGUAAGUUAUUGAGAAGAUCGUUUCAGUAUUUGCAUGAUAAUCAGUGCAUCAUUGACAUUGCGUUGUCUUGUCGCGGUAGAGAAAGCGUGCGAGCAUUACUGGAAGCCCUUCAAAAGCGACUGUGAAGAGUUCCUGGGCUGCUUCCAGCAAACAGAGUCUGUGCGUUAUGAAGAGUUUUCCGUCAUCUGGAGAGAGAUGGACUUCUCCAGUGUGUUUUCUGGAAACCAGUCACACCAUGAGAAGAAAUCCUUCACUCGGCUUACUUUCACCAUAGUCUGCAAUUACUUACUACCCCCAUACAGCUUUCAAAUCAGAGUAGGGGCCCUGUAUAUGCUGUAUGGCCUUUACAACAAGCAACUUGUUUGGCCUAAGGAAAAGAUCAGAGUUGCUCUGAAGGAUUGGUUCCAUAUACAACAGUUCAUCACAGAAGCGAAAACGUGCCAGCAUUUGGAUGUUGUUUACAUCUUUUACAGGCUGUUGUCAGAUAAGGCAUUUAAUUUCACCGCCAUGCCCAAGAAGCUGACAUUUGAAUCGAGCGAUCGGGUUCAGCAUGAUGUAAAUGAAGACUUUCGAGCCCGCAGGGACAAAGUGGCCGAACUUGCUUCUGUUGAAAUGCUGGAAGAGAUUGCAAAUGUGCAUCGCCAUUAUGAGAGAAUGAAGAAUUCGUUACUUCCCCCAUCGGCAGGGGUGACGCUGCAGAACCUGGGAGGUGCAGUUCAAAAAUGCACCCUCGAGUACAAGCAGUGGCAGGAACAGAUUGCAGGUGCUAGGAGUAAAGAUGCUACAAAGAAGGAUGCCAACCAGAAGUCAGAGUCCUCAGAUAGAGCAGAUAUGCUUGCUGCCAUCAAAUCCAAAUCGUAUGGUCAACUGACAAAGGAAUCAAGAUCAAGGCGUCACAGACGGAUCGAGAUGGUCACGACAGGCUCUGGAACUGAAUUCCUAUUUCAUCACAAAAAGAAGCCCCCCUCUCUUAGGGCCAGAACCUACCAAACUCUUGGCAACCCAGGGGAGUCGGAACAGACACAGCAAUGGCUUCUGAGUGUGAUGGAGGAAGACAAGAAUGCACUGAAGCGAAGAGAUUUUAAAAGAUUCAACUGGUCAGAGACAGAAUAAUUAUUCUGAGACGUUAUUUGAAAUGGCAAAGUUCCUGCCUUGGCUAAUUAAUAUUAUGAUACAUAUUGUUUUUUUUACUAUUUUGUUGUCAUAAAGUAUUUAAUUAGCUUUUGUGUGAUGUUCUGGUUUGGAUAAAAAUAAAUUACGAUCAUCACCCUGUUGGGUUUGUGGUUAGAAACAGAAUUCCUUUUGUUUUUCCUUUUGCUUUGUUUUAUCUCUAAAUCACCAGACAAUGAAAUGUGUGGUAAGAAUAAAUAAGUAGAUGAGUGCCUGUGAAGUGCCUGAGCCCCAAACAACACAUUUUUAAAAGCUACUUAAACGUCCUAAUUUCACUAAGGCCUUCUCCUGGCUCUAUACCCUGAAACUAAAUGUGAGUUGACUGUUUUUUUCUUUUUUUUGUCUAGGCUUAAAAAUGUAGCAGUCCUUUGGACAAAACAUCACAAAUAUUUUAAACGUGGUUUAUGUAAUAAUAGGACUGACCAGUGACAAGGUAAACACGGACAACAUUUCCAUCUAGUGGAGAAAUCCUCUAAACAUUAGUAUACGUUUUAGUUCAGUACUAAUUUGACCCUAAAAAAGCCUUGCAGAAGAUUGUUAUUCUCAUAGAAGCCUAUAGCUGUUGGAAUGUAAGGUGGCGUAUGAUCAAUAAAACACUUUAUGGCCAAAUGUAUAUGGACACCUUCCAAUAAACGUGUUAUUCCAAAUAAACAAAACACUUUAAUGUUUUACCAUGUACAAUUUCAUAAUGACUACCACCAUGCACAAGGCACUGUACAUGUUGGAAGAUGAGAAUUUGGCUCGUAGUCUGCAUUUCAAGCCAUACCAAAGGUGUUCAGUUGGGUUCAGGUUUGGAGUUUGUGCAGGCCAGUCAAGUUCUUCCAGACUAGCCAUUUCUUAAUAAGCCUUGCUUUGUGCUCAAGGACAUUGUCACUUUGGAAUAGAAAAGGGCUCUGGCCAAACUGCUGUAAAAUUGGAAGCUCAGCAUGCUUUAGAAUAUCAUUAUAUGCUAUAGCAAUAAGAUUUGUGUUCGCAGAAAUGCAAGGGCGUCCACAUACUUUUGGCUUUAUGGUAUACAUGAAGUGGAAUAUUAAAAUUGGAAGUCUAUUGUAAAGAAAAGGCUAUACCUCAAAAUGAGUGUUAGUAGGACUUUUAAACCAGUUUCUCAGAACUUGUUCAGGAUUAGAAGUGGACAAUCUGUUUUAAACCGUUAGUUUGGUAUAAAUGUAAUAUUUGUGGCUGACUCAUUUGACAAUAGAAAAGAUCAUGUCUCUUAAGUUUAUUACCUAGUUUAAGAAUUCCACACAAUUCUACACUUGAUAUGUUAAUCGAUAACUUGUUUAUUAGUAAACUAUUUGUCAAUUAUUAUAAAGUUGUCUAAAUUGUUUGUUUGCCUUUCAUUUCUUUAUUUUUAUUACUCGGUCCAUGUAACAUUUGUAUUCAAUUUUAUGCGCAUUUGUUUCAUGUUUCUUCAUCUCCGGGGCGCUUGGCUUCACAUUAACGAAAACUCCACUGUGCUGCGUUCACAGCUACAGUGCUGAAGUGAUUUAAAUCAAAUAAAAAUAGUAUUUUAACCUCCUUUCGAACAAAGGAAAAUUAUCCCCAGCAAGCUUUAUUUGCAAAUAAUUGGGGGAAAUGCUGAUUCAGUCAUCAGAAACAACUGCAAUAGGUGUAUCAAGCAAAGAAACAGAUACCACGUGACCAUGAUGUCAACACCCUGCUUCAAAUCCAUCUGUACAAGGAUCUUCACACAAAAACUUUAAUAGUUAUUCUAAAAAAUAUAUUUAGUAAUACUCGUUUAGGAUAAUACUGUAAAUUUAAACAGAUGUAUUAUUUAGACCUAUGUGCUUGACCAAUUAGAGACAACUUCCGAUGCACG